UCAAGAGUAUGGGAAUUCCGAGGGAAAAGUGAUGAUGAACCAGUAAAACACCUAGAUCUGGUCAUUAUUGAUGAGAAGAAAACAUCAAUGUAUGUUGAAAUUCCAGCAGAGGUCAUUGAAGUAUUGAAAACCAACCUGGUAGAAGGAAGAGUAGUCACAAUUAAGAAAUUUAUUGUGCACCAUGCAAGAACACUGUUCAAAGUAGUGCAACAUCCAUACAUGAUAAAGCUGAACAGAAGAACAAAAAUUAUUCCAGUUGACCCACAACCUCAAAAUUUCCCACGACAUGUUUACGCUUAAUAAACUUAUCAGAUUUGGACCAUUACCUCAACAUGACAGCUCAAUUCCUAGAUGUUAUUGGUCAGGUUGUUGCCGUGUCAAAUGCUGCAGCAAUAAAAUCAUUUGGUAAAAUACAAACCAAAAGGAUAGUCAAGCUAAAAGAUCUAAGUGGACAAAUAAUUGAACUUUCACUUUGGGGCUCAAAAGCAACAGAAUUCCGAGGAGACCAAAUAUACGAGGUUGGACAAAAGGAUGUUGUGAUUGUACUUUUUGUAGGAACAUUGUGGAAAAGCCAGAGGGGUGAAACUCCUUUUCUAAGUGGAACUUCAGCCUGUCAUUGGUACAUUAAUGAUGAAAGUAUUCCUGAGAUUAGAAAUUUUUAUGCAAGCUGACCCAAUAGAAAGGUUACAAUUAGCUAGCAGUAACAACAACCAAGAUGAAGUGAGGCAAAAAACAUUGCUGGAGCUAAAAGAUGUUGAUCCUUUAGAAGAGAAGGUACAUAUUCAUCAAUCUAUUUUUGCAAUCACUAAAAAUUAGUCAACAAUCACUAAUUAUUUACCCCCUCAUAAAAAAUUCCAGACAAAUCGGUUCGAGUGCACAGUUACUAUCACAAGACUUACUCCAAAUCAAGUGGUACUACCCAGCUUGUCAGAAAUGCCAUGCUCGAACUAAUUUCAGUGGAGCUACAUAUACUUGCACUAAUAAAGAAUGCUUCUGCACCGAAAUGGAAUACCGGUACAAAUUAAGUUUGAUGGGCAAUGAUGAUACCUUCGAACUUGAGUUCAUUCUCUUUGAGGAUGACGAUGAUGCACUUGGUACUUACGGCAAAAGAACCAAACAACAAUAAUCCCAAGAUGGAGGAGGGCGCGCGGGCGGAGGAGCUGCAGGUGCAGAGGUGCCGGGCGCGGCUGGAUCGGCUGGCGACCGCGAGCGCCGGCGAUGACAGCGAGUGGGAAGACAUGCGGCUGAAGCGGAUCCUGGUCGAUUACAUGCUGCGGAUGUCGUACUACGAUACCGCCGCCAAGCUCGCUGAGACUUCCGGUAUUCAGGACCUCGUUGAUACCGAUGUCUUCCUAAAUGCAAAAAGAGUAAUUGAUUCUCUUCAGAAUAAGGAAAUUGCUCCUGCUUUAGCUUGGUGUGCAGAAAACAAGUCUCGGUUAAAGAAAUCAAAGAGUAAGCUUGAGUUUUUAUUGAGGAUUCAAGAAUUUGUGGAACUUGUCAAGGCUAAAAGUUUCAUACAGGCUAUAGCGUAUGCUCGAAAAUACCUUGCUCCCUGGGGAGCUACGCACAUGAAAGAAUUGCAGCGUGUUACAGCAACAUUGGUUUUUAGAAGCAGUACGAACUGUACUACUUACAAGGUCUUGUUUGAGCAAAACCAGUGGGACCAUCUUGUGGACCAGUUUAAGCAAGAGUUCUACAAAUUGUACGGCAUGACACUAGAGCCGUUGCUGAACAUAUACCUUCAAGCAGGCUUGACAGCUCUCAAGACUCCGUUCUGCUCUGAGGGCAACUGCCCCAAAGAAGACCCCUUGUCGCUUGACGGCUUCAGAAAACUAGCUGACCCUCUGCCGUUCUCCAAGCAGCACCACUCAAAGCUUGUCUGCUACAUCACAAAGGAGCUCAUGGACACAGAGAACCCACCACGGGUUCUGCCAAACGGCUAUGUGUAUAGCGAGAAGGCUCUUCAAGAGAUGUCCAAGAAAAAUGGUGGCGAGAUCAAAUGCCCCAGGACAGGAGAUGUUUGCAAAUUCGAAGAUUGCGUCAGGGCUUUCAUCUCGUAAGAGUGAAAGACUCUGAUUUGUGUGGCUUGGAUUGAGUUAUAAGAGUGAAAAAUGUACAUAGAAUGAUCAGCGCAUUCUGCGUCCUGUUAACUUAGAUUGAGUUAUAUGGCUAAGUUAAACUGGUUGGAAUUA